UACACCAAAGAACCUGUCUGUGUCCUGCCACACCUUUAUUUGGGUGCAGAACACAACGCUGUGGAUGUCAAAGUUCUUUCCCGAUUGGGCAUCACUGCUGUCUUGAAUGUCGCCAUCGAGAUUUCGAACGCUUCUCAGCAACAAUAUCAGCUAAGCAGCAAAAACAUGGACAGGAUCGUCAAGACUGCCCAAGGUCGCUCGAUCCAUUACAAAAAUCUGUCCUGGACACAUCACCAAAGAGAUCUCCAGAGCGAGUUCCCUUUGGCGUUUGCGUUCAUUGAGGAGAUCAAGAAUAUGGGGGGCAAGGUCUUGAUCCAUUGUCAACUGGGUGUCUCCCGCUCAGCAUCACUUGUGAUCGCUUAUGUGAUGAAGACCCUGCAGAUGAACCUGACAGACGCGUAUGACUUUGUGAAGACACGCUCGAGUGUUGUCUCGCCCAAUAUGAGCCUGAUGUAUCAAUUGGCUGAAUUC